CCGCAUGUUCCAUCGAGUGGUGUUUGUUAUUUAUCAAGCAAAUGUUGACAAAAAUAUGCUAAAUUCUGGUGAAAGAUACCUUGCAUUAAAGGAUUUGCAAAUAUAGUAGAAUGUUGCACAAGUUCCGCGGAACACUCGUUGGUGCCUUGGUUGGUGACUGUCUUGGAUCAAACUAUGAAGGCGUUGUAGGCACUAUACUAUGGGGAGAAGUUACUGAUUACACUUUGAAUAGAAUCAAAGACGAGAAGGAGCCGAUCCCUUACACGGAUGAUACGGCGAUGACUCGAGCGAUCUGCAAGUCGUUAACAGAAGAAAAGAAAUACGAUAACCGCAGUAUGGCGAAAGCGUUUGUUCAAGAAUUCUACAAAGAGCCCGAUCGUGGCUACGGUGCUGCUGUCGGGACAGUCUUUCAGCGCUUGCGGGAUACGAAUCCCGAAGAUGUUACACUUCCGGCUCGAUCUCAAUUUGAUGGACAAGGCUCCUAUGGAAACGGUGCAGCCAUGAGGAUUUCCCCUGUGGCCCUUUAUAGUCUUAGUUCAUCAGAAGUUCAAAAGAAUGCUAAAGAGAAUGCACUAAUCACACAUGCACACAUUAAUGGAGUCAAUGGAGCAAUCUUGCAAGCAGAGGCAGUGUUCAGAUCUCUUCCCCUUGAACCACCAAACUUGAACACAGACAAAUUUAUUGAUGACCUCCUUGAAGUGGCCAAAAAGCUUGAGCAAGAGUAUGAAGAAUCUACGUGUAGUGAAGAAAAAGAAAAUAGUGGCCACGUUUCAACUUCUUCACCUCCAAAGAAACCUUUUUCUUAUUUCAAGAAAAUAAAAGAAAUGAAAGAACUGUUGAAUAAGGGUGAAACACUGAAACCUGAGACAGUGGUGGAAACAUUUGGAAAUGGAAUAAGAGCUGAGGAAGCAGUUCCUGCUGCAAUCUUUUCAUUUCUUCACAAGGGAAGAGUGUCAUUUCAAGAAUCAAUUAACUAUGCCAUCUCUUUGGGAGGCGAUACGGACACAAUUGCUAGCAUGGCAGGAGCAAUCAGUGGAGCUUACUGGGGAAUGAAUGAGAUUCCUGAACUGUGGAAGAGCAAAUGUGAAGGUGUAGAGGAGGCCGUAGAGUUUGCAAACAAAAUAUUUGAACUAAAAAAAGAAAGAAAAGACGACAACUAAUUGGGACUGUUGUGUAGGCUACAGCUUACAUUGUGUAUUAUUGUUAAAUAAUGCCUUGAAAGCAAGUGAAGUCUGUGUCGAGAAUGUUAGAAUGUCAUCAAAUGAUGGAUUUUCUUAAUGUGUAAUUAGAUUGUAACUUUUGAAAAUAUUAUUUUUAUCUGACUAUGAGUUUUGUGCUUGUGAUCUCUCCGGCUUGUGUUGAGAAUAAGAUUGUCAUCAAAUGAUGGAUUUUCCUAAUGUGUUAUUAAAUUGUAACUUGUGAAAAGAUUAUUUUCAUCUGAGUAUGA